AAUUAAAUAACAGAUUUUUACAUGAAUGACUUAAAGGAAGCACAAAUUAGCCAACUGGAAUGGACACAUUGUCAUGCCAAAGUACUUACCCCUGAUAAAAAGUGUAUCCCCAGUCGCGGGAGCAUGCAUGCAUGGAGCGGUACAGGCGGACCAUUGAUGAUAUCGCCAAGGUUAAUAAAGCUAUAAUAUGUGAAUUCUUUAAGUUAUCGUUUUACUAUUGUUGUUUUAUCAAUGAGGUUUAGCAAAUACAGCCAUCACAUGGCCCAUCUAUCAAAAUAAAUGCUUUAUUCUUGUGUAGGCUAAUAAUCGAACUUCAUUGCAUUGAAUUGAGAAUGUCUAACGUUACUGAAAAACCAAGACAACCAUAUCGUUUUCCUCAUAAAGCAAACAUAGCCUUUGGAUAUUGUUGUAAAUUGUUCUUUAUUCCUCCUCUUUCCACAGUGAAUUAUUUUCAAAAUCAUUUAAUAAUGCAUUGCAUUUAAAUACACAAAAUGCUAUUACAGUGUAAUUGUCUUAUCAGGCUUCACAUAAUGUCUAAUAACAGCACAAGUUUCUUGUUACCUGGCAAAAGUUAUAGUGCGAUACGUAUCUUUUCAGGCUGUAUUUUCGACCUGCCAAAAUUGGUACCCACCCUCCAAAAUGUACAGAUGAUGGCCUAUUAUCAAGUGUUUUAUUUUGAGAAUACUUCACAUCAUGUAUAAUAACAGUGGUGAAUAUGCACAAGUUUCUUGUUACCUGUCAAAAGUUAUAGUGGGAUACGUAUCUUUUCAGACCGUAUUUUCGACCUGCCAAAAUCGGUACCCCCCUCCAGAUCAUCUGUACAAAAUGUACAGAUGAUGCCCUAUCAUAAAGUGUUUUAUUUUUUGAAUACUUCACAUCAUGUAUAAUAACAGUGAUGAAUAUGGACAAGUUUCUUGUUACCUGGCAAAAGUUAUAGUGGGAUACGUAUCUUUUCAGACCGUAUUUUCGACCUGCCAAAAUCGGUACCCCCCUCCAAAAUGUACAGAUGAUGGCCUAUCAUCAAGCGUUUUAUUUUGUCAAUACUUCACAUCAUGUCUAAUAGCAGUGAUGAAUAUGCACAAGUUUCUUGUUACCUGGCAAAAGUUAUAGUGGGACACAUAUCUUUUUAGACCGUAUUUCCCCCUCUAAAAUGUACAGAUGAUGGACUAUCAACGUCUCCACUUCCUGUGGCGCCUGAAGGAAUCAAGGAAAGCCCCCCCACCACUCAUCCUCACCGUUAUAUAUUUAUCUUCUAUAACAAUAAAGUUGACACUAUGUUCUUUAAUUCUUAACACUAGUACCAUUUUCUUCACUAAUUAUUAAUACUUGUCCAAAAUGACUGCUUCACAGGCUAUUUGUGGGCUGCAUUUAUGGCAUAUUACUAUCAAAUGCAACAGUCAUCCUUAUAUUGUUUUUGUUACUGUUCACUCAGAGGCCUGUGCCGGUCCGUCUCCAUCAGCGGAAGCAGCCAAAACCCCAGAUCCUCCACAUCAUCAGUGCAGAACACACUGAGAAAACUUAGUCGGCUUGGUGUGUACCGGGCUUUACAGUGGCAAGACUUUACCAUACCGUGCGCAAGGUCUUGGACAUCGAAAGAAGUAUCCCUCCUGGUCCGAGGACAUCUUAGGACAGUUGGAUAUGGGCCACCGCAGUCAGUUUACAGCUUUGCUGACAUACAGGUAAUUCAUAAUGACAAUCAUUCAUUAUUAGGUGCUUUUAUUUGUGUUAUUUUUUUACCAGCCAAAGCAUUUGCAUGAUUAUACUGUUGUUUCCUUAGAUACUCAUGUGACAACCGGGUGCUGAGGAUGAUGAGGGAGAGGACACUGGGCAACAGUGUGACUCAGCUUUACAAGAAGCUGAUGGAACAGCACAGUGAGGCAUGGACACAGCGUGUCCUGCAAUACCUGACUGCCUGCGAACCAUUCACAAGGUCCUCCCUUGUGCAGCCUCCUGUGUUUGCUGAGCCUCCCCUUUUACCUGCCCUACCUAAACCUAAGUGGCUGUUAGCUGUGUAUGCCAGGGAUGUUCUGGGGCGACUGCACGAGGUCAAGGCCAAAAUUACAUCUGUCUUUGGCUGUGUUCUCAAGAUGGACUCCACAAAAAAGGUCACAAAGAAACUUGCCGGUGCUGCUUCAGGAACAGCUGCCUGGUGCACAAAUGUGGGAAACGAACACGGCCAAGUCCUUGUCUCUGUGCUGACAGCCGCCGAGGGACAUGGACUGGACCCCAUGGCAGCUGGCCUGAUGAAACGCUACCGGGAGGCAGGAGAGGAAGCCCCAAAAGUGAUGUACGUGGACAGAGAUUGCUGCAGUCAGCACAGCCAGUCUCGGGUGAAGACCAUGUUUUCGGAGUGGGAUGAGCUCGUAGUGCGCCUCGACAUCUGGCACUUCAUGCGGCGAUUUGCUGCAGGUGUCACGACAGAGGCUCAUCCGCUCUAUGGGAUCUUCAUGGCACGUCUGUCCACGUGCAUCUUUCAGUGGGAUCCAGAAGCCGUGGCUGCCCUUCGCCGUGCAAAGGAGGGUGAGCUGGCGGCAAAGAAGACUCGCCACAUCUCAGGAAGGGCGGUCAGUGCUCGCAUUACCCGGAGGGAGUUGGCACUGCACUGCCGGAGGAGGACCAGAGGGCUGGAGGAGACCACCAAAACAAUUGGAUCACUGAUCGAUCAGUUUGACAGUGCAGAUGGAAAGGACACUCUGGGAGUUCCUCUGCUGGACCACGAACGGAUCCAGCAGAUAUGGAAGGAACAGCGGAAGCACAUUCAGUGUAUCCAAGACCCAGAGAACUUUCCGCUCUACAUGAAGACGGGGACACUGAAGAAAGGCGGCGUGGAGCUGUGCUGCUACAGGUGUGCCCGUGGCUCUACCUCCUUGGAGUCAUUCCACCUCCACCUCAACCGUUUCAUUCCAGGAACCAGUGCCAGUGAUGCGCAUUUUCAGGCCUAUCUCCUUGAGGGCUUGAUGCGUUGGAAUGAUGACCGGAUGGAAGAUGCCAUAAAAGGAGCGUCCUCAAUCCGGUCAUUUGGCAGUGCCAUGAGAGACGCUGUGGACCAGCUUAGCCGAACAGUCUUUGGGAAGCCCUGGGAUGAGCGCUAUCGCCCUCCUGGAGCAUAUACAUGCAAGUUCAUUCAUUCAUUUGUUCUUUUGUAAUAUUCUUCUAAAUUGUCUUUUUAGCCUUUAACCCGUUUUUUUCUAGACAUAAAAAUAUCCAGAUGAGGUGUCAUUAGUAACCCUUUGAAAUAAUUUUUUUUUUUUUGCGGGGAAAAGUGUGUGAAAAAUUGUGUUUUAUGGUCAAUGACAAUUGUGACCGGUGGGAUAAUGUGUAUAUUGAAUUAACAUAUUUCUGCAGUCAUAAAUAUUGUUAUAUAUCUCAGCCCAGCUCUUUUAAACUCUGUUCCAUCACAUUCUAGGGUUACUAUUAUGCAUAAAAACCCUUGUACAACACUGAUAGUAAUACAAAAAAAAAAAAAACGCAUUUCAAAAUUGUUACUUUAUUGUAACAUUAUCAUAAAAUUGUUAUAUUACUGCUAUCAGUAUUACAACAUCAAUAUUGUAACAUUUGAACUUUUAAUUUAGUGCAAUAUUUGUCAUUGCAACC